AUGAACUCAACAUUCGUCGAAUUCUACUACGACGAUGUGGUGAGCAACGCGAGACUCACCGACGACACCAUCACACCAAUGUCUUACCGCGAUCGGAUUACUGUCGAAUUGACGCUUAAUUUCUGCUCAUGGCUUCUGAAUCUCGCGCUUUUCCUAUUCGUGCGCUUCACGAAAAGCAUUUGGCAGUCGUUAAAGUCGACAAUUGUUUUUGUGACAACCGGAUCGCUUAUUAUAAAUAUUCCGCUGCUAACAUUCCAAUUUUGGAUGGACAUAUCCAAGGUUAGUAGGAUUCUGAUCAAAAUGUUUCCUAUCAAUACCUCGAUAGCUAAUCAUCAUCUCUAA